UGCAAUAGGGUAGUGGUUGGAAAACAACGAACAGCAUUUCCCCUCGUGCUUUUACAAUCUUCAUCAACUUUCUUGAAUCUUGAUCACCCCCCACCCCACCUCCCAGAGCAAGGAAAAGGACACACACACACACACAAUACAGAGAAGCAUUGUGCUGUGUGUGUGUGUGUGUGUGAAGUUUGAGUAAUUGAGAAAGAGUAUGGAAGCUUCAGCAUUGUGGAUUUCACAUUCAAGUUCAGUUUCGGGAAUUGCUCUGUUAUCUGCGUGCAGCGGUAACAAGCUCUGCAGAUGGCAGUUCUCGUUCAAGAAGCCCUCGACCUGUGUUCAUUCUGAUUCUGGCAGGCGCUUCCUGGUCAAGAAUGUGGCUAGUAGGAAACAGACAAAGAAACUGGAGGACCCUCCUGCUCUUGAACAAGGAAAAAAAGGAGUUGGAUUAGAUGCUCUGCGGCCUGAUUCUGCAUCAAUUGCAUCGAGUAUAAAGUAUCAUGCCGAAUUCACACCAUCGUUCUCCCCUGAGCUGUUUGAGCUUCCUAAAGCAUAUUAUGCCACGGCUGAGAGUGUUCGUGAUAUGCUCAUUAUAAAUUGGAACACGACUUAUGAUUACUACGAAAAAAUGAACGUAAAACAGGCCUACUAUCUCUCCAUGGAAUAUCUUCAGGGUAGAGCUUUGUUGAACGCAAUUGGUAAUUUGGAGCUCACAGGGGCUUAUGCUGAGGCACUGAAAAAGCUGGGGCACAACUUGGAAGAUGUAGCCGGAAAGGAACCUGAUGCAGCGCUGGGAAACGGAGGAUUAGGGAGACUUGCUUCUUGCUUUUUAGACUCCAUGGCAACACUUAAUUACCCGGCAUGGGGUUAUGGACUGAGAUACAGAUACGGUCUAUUCAAGCAACUUAUUACAAAAGAUGGUCAAGAGGAAGUUGCUGAAAAUUGGCUUGAGAUGGGCAAUCCCUGGGAAAUAGUAAGAAAUGAUAUAUCCUAUCCUGUUAAGUUUUACGGAAAAGUCGUUGAAGGUCCAGACGGAAGGAAACAAUGGGUCGGAGGUGAAGACAUCAUUGCUGUUGCUUAUGAUGUCCCAAUACCAGGAUAUAAAACUAAAACAACCAUUAACCUCCGGCUUUGGUCGACAAAAGUUGCUGCAGACGUUUUCGACUUACGUGCUUUCAACGCUGGAGAGCAUGCAAAAGCAUAUGAAGCCAUGAAAAGGGCUGAAAAGAUUUGCUACAUUUUAUACCCUGGGGAUGAAUCAUAUGAAGGGAAGUCACUUAGACUGAAGCAGCAAUACACACUAUGCUCAGCUUCCCUCCAGGAUAUUAUAGCAAGAUUUGAGAGGAGAUCCGGGGAGCCAGUGAACUGGGAGAAAUUCCCAGAAAAGGUUGCUGUACAAAUGAAUGAUACCCAUCCAACUCUGUGCAUACCUGAACUGAUACGAAUAUUAAUAGAUGUGAAGGGUCUGAGCUGGAAGGAAGCAUGGGGUAUCACUCAAAGAACUGUGGCUUACACUAACCAUACUGUUCUACCUGAGGCUUUGGAGAAAUGGAGUUUGAGUCUUCUCCAAGAACUUCUUCCUAGACAUGUUGAAAUCAUAAGAAUGAUUGAUGAAGAGCUUAUUAAUACUAUCAUUCAAGAACACGGAACUGAGGACCUGGAGCUGCUGAAGGAAAAGCUGAAGCAAAUGAGGAUUUUGGAUAAUAUUGAACUACCUUCUGCCGUCCUAGAUUCACUUGUCAAGUCACAGGAAACCCUAAUUGACAAUGCUGUUGAAGUAGAAGAAGAAGAAGCAGAAGAUGCUGAAUCUGACGAAGUGACAAAACCUGCUGAUGAGGAAGAAGCUGAGAGACCUAGUGAAGAAGGUAAGGAAGCUAAAGUGCCUAAGGCAGAGGAUCCUGAGAAGAAAGUAAAGUCGACAUUUGAACCUGACCCAAACCAACCGCAGUUGGUCCGCAUGGCUAAUUUAUGUGUUGUUGCCGGACAUGCUGUGAAUGGAGUUGCGGAAAUUCAUAGUGAUAUUGUCAAGAAAGAAGUCUUCAAUGAAUUUUACAAGUUGUGGCCUGAGAAGUUCCAGAAUAAAACUAACGGCGUGACACCUAGAAGAUGGAUUGGAUUUUGUAAUCCAGAGCUCAGUAGUAUCAUAACCAAGUGGACAGGGUCCGAAGACUGGCUGAUAAACACCGAAAAGUUAGCUGAGCUGCGAAAGUUUGCUGAUAACGAAGAACUCCAGUCCGAAUGGAGGGAGGCAAAGAUGAACAAUAAGAAGAAAAUUGUCUCUUUUCUGAAAGAGAAAACAGGAUAUGUUGUCAGCCCGGAUGCAAUGUUCGACGUGCAGAUAAAGCGCAUCCAUGAAUACAAGCGACAGCUGCUGAAUAUCAUGGGAAUCAUAUACCGCUACAAGAAGAUGAAAGAAAUGAGCGCUGAGGAGAGAAAAGCAAAGUUUGUUCCAAGAGUCUGCAUAUUUGGAGGAAAAGCAUUUGCUACAUAUGUCCAAGCUAAGAGAAUAGUAAAAUUUAUUACUGAUGUCGGUGCUACAAUAAAUCAUGAUCCUGAGAUCGGCGACCUUCUGAAGGUCGUUUUCGUCCCAGACUACAAUGUCAGUGUAGCAGAAGUUCUUAUACCUGGAAGUGAGCUGUCUCAACAUAUCAGCACUGCUGGAAUGGAGGCUAGUGGAACGAGCAACAUGAAAUUUUCAAUGAACGGCUGCCUUCUUAUAGGAACGUUAGACGGAGCUAAUGUUGAAAUCAGGCAAGAAGUCGGAGAAAACAACUUCUUCCUCUUUGGUGCUCGUGCUGAUGAAAUUGCCGGCCUUCGCAAAGAAAGAGCUGAGGGAAAGUUUGUGCCAGAUCCUAGGUUUGAAGAAGUCAAAGCAUUCGUUAGAGCCGGCGUGUUUGGACCUUACAACUACGACGAUCUGAUGGGAUCCCUGGAAGGAAACGAGGGCUACGGCCGAGCUGAUUAUUUCCUCGUUGGCAAGGACUUCCCCAGUUACAUAGAGUGCCAAGACAACGUCGACGAGGCAUACAGGGAUCAGAGGAACUGGACCAAGAUGUCGAUCCUAAACACGGCCGGUUCUUUCAAGUUCAGCAGCGACCGGACAAUCCAUCAGUAUGCUAGAGACAUAUGGAUGAUUGAACCUGUGGUGCUACCAUAAAUCAAACAACACACUUGAGGAUGAAGCCGGCUUUUAAAGGCCUUAAACUCUCAACAUAUUGAUUGCUGGAUUUACACAGGAGAAGAGAUAAGCCCAGUUAGCUGAACCAUAGAGUUGGCCCAAUGGGUUCUCGGCCGGGCCGGGCCGUUAUUUAAUCUCAUUUUAGGCUCGUCUAGAAAGGUUUAUUACUAGAAUAAAUUACAACGAGCUCUUACAGGAAUUGACAUAAUUACAAAUACUCCAUCGUUGUCUGAAAAAUUACCAUUAUUACUAUUGUUAUGAUGAUUUAUUUAUGUGGAUACCAUUAUUUGAAUAAGUCUA